AGCGAACAGCUGACAUUUGACGGUGCAGCACAAUCGAGUCGUUGGGUAAUCAGUGUUUUGAGCACGGUGACCGCAAAGUUUUUCACGAUGAUUCGCCAGGCCUUGUGGAAAAACGGCAUUGCUCUCCGUCUGGUGGCCACCAGAGCAUACAGUCAGCCUUCGGGUGCUGCUGGUUCCAAGGUUCCGGCAUCCGGCGGAUCACAACCGGCGGCUCCGUCUGGCGACGUUCCUGGGCUGAGUUCGCGGUGUGUUAUGAAGAAGGAAGGUCCUAUUGGCCCGGGUGCGGACAGGAACGGAGAGUACAAGGUGCCGGAAUACUUUAGCUACGACCAAACCAGCUACUUCGAGGCCGAGAUCGAAAUGUCCAAGUUCCGGAUCCCGCAGCCAUCGGCCAGAAACUAGUUGUAAAUAAAAAGAAACCGGAGCCGUAGACAGUAUA